GUCACUGGUUGCUAGGCAAACGAGUUCCAUCGGAGUUUCUUUACCUCAAACAAUAUUCACUCUCUGUAAAUGAGGUACCGCCAGACUUGGUGAGAUAAGUACGUCGAGAUCUCCAUCUUUGAUUUAUUAUGACAGACACGGGUACUAGAUUGGAGUAGAUACGCUACCCAUCAAUGCUAAUCUGCUUUCACUUUAAGUUUAAAUAUGCUUUAUCUGUGACGCGCCUCAUCCUGAGAUGCAUCUUAAUCCACUCGGUGCAAUAGUUUCUUAAUCGCCGUGGAUUUGUCGCCAAGAUGAGCUCUGAGCACAAAUUUACUUCUAAUGCGCGCGAUCCCCGCUUGAACAGACCGCCCCCUUUUGGAGCUACCUCGCUAGACACGCAAUCGCGGAAGCUUUUUACAUCUCCCAGUGCUUCAAGGCAAUAUGAACCUCGGGCUGAUGCCCCUGGCGAUCAGUUUGUACAACGGCUUUCCGAUUUGGUACAAGCCGCCGUAAAGACCGCUAGCCUGACAUCAGAGAAGGAAACUAUACAGAAGAAGCAAAGCACCACUGAAGGUCUCCUGAAGAGAGCGAAAGCUCAGUCGAGUUUCCCUACUACUGCUGCUUUCUUUCAGCAAGCAUGUAACGACGAAGGCGGCCAUCUGGCUCGUAUAGAUGGCGCGCUGAAGGAGCACUUGUCGCGCUACGAUCAACUGGAGAAAGUAUUGAAAGCAAACUGGACGUCUUCUCUAAUCGCAGGGCCUAGUCUGGCGGAGAAAUACGAUCAACUGAAAGAAGAGAUCGAAACAACCAAGCAGGAUGCUAAGCGUUCGAAAGACGAGGCCUCUAGCCUUCGAGAUCAAAACCGCUCUUUAGAAGACACGCUCAAGAGCCUCCAGGCAAGAAUGACUAUGCUAGAGAAAUCGCUCGAAAACCAUGGAACAUCCUUGAAUAAGCAAACCAAAGACCAUUCGUCUCGCCUUGAAGAAAUUUCAUUGGAAUUCGAGAAGCGCUUGGAAAGUGUUUCAACCAAAGUAGAAGAAAGCAUAUCGACGAAGUUUCAAGUAGAAGUGGAUGGAUGGCAAAAACAAAGAACAUUACUGGGUACAGAAUUGGAGUCCCUGCGGACGUGCCAGGAAAGAUUUUCGGCUGCUAUCUGUAAAGUUGACCAAACGACCAAGGAGCAGCAACAGAAAAUAUCCGAUAUUGAGUCGCUGGGUCAAAGAUUAGAUAGUCUUGAUACCCGUCUUGGCUCUGUUGAAUCUACGAAGGUGGCACCUCCAGCAUUGACGACGACAAAUGAGUCAAACGUGGAUAAAGUUUCUGCAUCCUACCUACAAACUAAAGUUGAGAGCCUCGAAAACAUACUUAAUCAAUUGCAAGGUUUGCAAGAGAUGAAGGAUGAUUUGCACUUUUCGGAAGUGGAAGAUUUAAAAAAGUCACUAGUGCAAGCGUCUGAGGAAUUAGUGAGUGUGAAGAACAAUUGCAAUAUGCUAUCGGAUGAGGUGAAGACCUUGCGUGAAUCAAAUCCAGCCACUUCCCUACAACAAGUUGCCAAUUUGUCGGGGUCAUUGCAAAAUACACAGCAGUUGGUGGAGACUGUUAGAGUGGGCUUACAUUCUCUGGAAACCAGAUACAACACUCUCACUACAGAGCCGUUGGCGAGGAACAUGGUUGUCGCGUUGCAGGAGAUGUACCCCUCUGCUAGUCAAUUACUGGAGCAAUAUUCUGGAUUAAAAACGGUAGUUGAUAACCUGUGUCAAAGCCAAAACACUAUUAUCAGGCAGACCCAGCAGGAAGCAGCUUUGCGCCUUGAUGAGCUAAACAAGCUGAGAAAUGACCAUUCCAGUCUUUCGCAGUCACUUGCACCUCUUUGGGAGCGGCACGAGCAGCAAAGAAGGCAAGAUCCACCACCGAGCCACGAGGACAUCUACAAAUUGCGAGCUGAAUUGAACGCCUUAUCUACAAAUUUUGAGGGGACCAUAUCCAAAUAUGACUCCCAAUUCAGGUCACGGAAACAAUCUGACGACCGUUUCAUGGAAGGUUUACGUGACGAGCGCAACAAGUUCGACAGCCGUCUGAGCCAAGUGGCUAGCAAUCUGGAGAAGUUGGCCAAUGAUGUUGAAGUAGUGCGGUCUGCCAAUACUAGCGGUCUGGAGAAGCUGGCCAAUGAUGUCGGAGAAGUGAGGUCUGUCAAUACUAGCAGUCUUGCAAAAGUUGAAACGCAUGCUAGUGAUAUUAAGUCAUUGCAAGAUGACCUUCAUGAACUCAAAAAAGCCACAUCAGAUCGACAUCAAGCAUUUAUUGAUCAACUCGACGAUAUCACGAAAGCGCACAGUGCGCAUGAUACUAACAUUUCGUCACUACUUGACCGUAUUAGUGAACUUGAGCGGUCUGAAAAGCUUCGACAUAAAGAAUUGCAUGAACAGUUGGGUGAACUUAAGAAAGCUGUGGAAGCAAAGGAGUUCCAUCCUCGAGCAGUGUCCCCAAUCGUCGUCGAGGAUCAGGCUCCAAACCCUAUAGAUGAUAGUCCCGCUGAUCCAGAAGAGGCGGCCAGGAUUCUGAACGUGGCUGAAACCAACCCUACGCUCGCAUUGAGGGAAAGAAAAAAGAAGAAGAAAAGACCACGUCCUUCUGGUUUGUCUGAGGAUGAAAAAACUCCCAUAACAGCUCGACAAGAAUCUCCCAGAUCGCUUUCGUCCGGAGCAUCUCCGUUUGAACAGGGGGAGCCCACAGAGAAUAAGCGACCAAAGAAGAAGAAAAAGCGCAAAAUGGUAUCCACUGAACCGAUACCCCUCGACUAAGUAGGCACACAACUUAUGGUCGUCGACUCAUUGGUUAGAAGGUUGUUUGUCUUAUAACCCCGUUGGUGUCAGGUAUGGUUGCGGAGGGAAAUACUACGGAGUUGAAGGCGCAACAAUAGCAUGUCUGUCAUAGGUGUAAAAGCCCCACGCUCACCAAUGUCUAUUGGCACUGAUCGUUGUGCCAAGGUUUUCAAUACUUAUUUGACGAGACGCGAGG